AUGGAAAAAAACUUCACCAAGAAACUCAACGACAUUGAUAUUGAGAGAAGGCUACUGCUCUCAGAAAACUGUAUAAAAGAUUUCCCGAGAGGCCAUGAAGCUUAUUUGAAGUUUAAAGACGAGGAUGGCCAAGUGUGGACAUUUCGUUGUAGAGUCCCACCAGGAGGGGGUUCGAAACCAGCCCUUUCUGGGGAUUGGUUUGUAUUUGUUCGGUCGAAGCAUCUCAAGGUCGGCGACGUCAUAGAAAUUGCCUUGGAUAGGGAGAAGGAUCAAGCUGGUGGAGAACAAUUCACAAUCAAGUUUGGGUUGUUCAAGAACCAACUGCAAGAACUUGCACAAAGAAGUUGUUUCAACCUUUCUGCGUGUGCUUGCAUUGGAGAAGGACCUGAUCGUGCGCCAAGAUUCAAAGCUUCUGUGGACUUUAAUGGUGAGAUCUUUGAAAGUCCCAGUUACUGCACUACAUUAAGACAGGCAGAGCAUGCGGCUGCUGAAGUUGCCCUUAAUGUUUGGUCUUCAAGGGGUCCUGCAAGGUCUCUAACAGCAAGAGUUCUUGAUGAGACUGGAAUUUACAAGAACCUGCUUCAAGAAACUGCCCAUAGAGCUGGGCUUAACCUCCCUGCAUAUACCACUGUGAGAUCAGGUCCUGGUCAUGUCCCAGUUUUCACUUGUACCGUGGAGCUUGCUGGUAUGAAUUUCACAGGUGAGCCUGCAACGACAAAGAAACAAGCUGAGAAGAAUGCAGCUAUUUCAGCCUGGUCUGCUUUGAAAAGAAGUACAAAUCUCAUUCCUCAUUUCUUGUUUAUUCUCAUAGUUAAUUAUAUUAUUUGCAUUAUUUGCAUAAUCAAACAAGUUCGAACAUUGAAAUAG